ACUUUGCCGCUGAUUCGGUGACUGAGGUUCGCGGUUUAUACAAGUAUUUUGUUCGUAAAAGAAGCAGAAUCAAUGAAGGCUGAAUCCAUAUAAACGGUUUAAGAAAUUUUUGAGCGGGGAUUUCCAAUCGAUCCAUUUCCGCUGGACACUCGAGAAUUUCCUGGGGAAGGAAAAGAAAGAACAUAUAGGACUUGGUUUUGGUUUUCAACUAUGGAAAUGGAUCAAGCUGAUUUGAGUGUUCGAUUAUCUGCGCUUUGGAAUAUCAUUGGUGCAAGAAGAAGCCUAAAAGACGACGGAAUUCCUUGCCAAAUCGAAGAGGGUGUGUUCUUAGGUUCUAUUGGAGCUGCCCAUAACAAGGAUGAACUGAAGAAAUUGAAUAUCACUCACAUUUUAACCAUUGCUUGUUCCAUGCCACCUGCUAAUCCAAAUGACUUUGUAUAUAAAGUAGUUGGAGUCGUGGACACUAGAGACGCCGAUAUUAAACAGCACUUCGAUGAUUGUUUCAAUUUUAUUGAGGAAGGAAGACAAUCUGGAGGGGUCUUGAUUCAUUGCUUUGCUGGAGUAUCCAGAAGUGUAACCAUUACCGUUGCCUAUCUGAUGAAAAAGCGUGGUAUGAAUCUAACUGAAGCAUUGGAACAUGUCAAGAGUAGACGACCACAGGCUUCUCCGAACGUCGGUUUCAUGGUUCAACUCAAGGAAUUCGAAACAACUCUUCAAGCUAGCAAAGAGGAUGGGAUGAAAUUGUCAAAUGUUUGAGCUCUCAGCAGCUGCAGAUAACUUCCAUUUACAACCGAAUCAGGUAAGCUCUCAAGACACUACGAGUAUAGCUCUACAAUAAUUGGAUUGUACUUCUGUUUUCAAGGUCAGUUAAGUUAGACGUUCACAAUUUCCACUUCGAAUUGGACAACAAAUGAUAACAACAGGCUGGGAGUAGGGCCAUAGUGUGAACAAGUAGGCCCAUAACCAAAUGGGCUUUGUUCUGAGCCCCAUAGUAAUCCACCCGUGAGCCAAAAUCCACUUUUGUGGGCCCAUUAACACACACAGAGAGAUAUUCUGGCCCUUUAAUUGGAAUAAUUUCAUUUCCAAAGGAUUUGCUUCGGAAUAAUUCACGUAAUUAUUGGAUAAGAUGAUGCUAACCAUUAAAGUUGAUUUCCCCAACAGCCGCCAAAAAUAAACACAAUUGUUCAAAUA